CUCUCUCCGCAAAUACAUACAAAUCCAUACAGAGUUUACUUCCACGGUUCCACCGUGCUACUGUUUUCUAGCUAGGGCUUCUCACUGAUUCAGCGCCGGACAACAUGAAACGAGGCAGAAAUCGAAGCAAACCAAAUGCGCCUCAAAAUCUGAUUUUGGAGGAAGUAAUUGGUUUAACUAUAAAAAACGGGAAUGGGUUGUCGUCGAGCGUUUCGAGUUCGAAAUGCGCGUAUAUUGCCGGUUGCGUGGUGGUGCUGUACGAUGUAGUUUCAGGCACUCAAUCACAUUUAAUUGCGCCGAAUCGAGUCCCAAAACCAUUGAGCUGCGUGGCUUUAUCGAGCAAUGCAGGUAUCGUUGCAGCAGGCGAGUCAGGGCAUCAACCUGCAGUACUGAUAUGGAAUUGUGAUACCUUAGCCUUCAAAUGCGAGUUCAAAUGCCACACAUACAGCGUGGCAUGCAUUGCUCUGUCUGCUGAUGGCAAAUAUGUGGUCUCUGCUGGAUUACCUCGUGAUGGAUAUAUAUGUCUCUGGGAUUGGCAAAAUAAGGUUUUAGCUGCAAGAGUUAAAUCAUCUUCAGUUUCUUCUCCUAUUGCAUCCAUUGAGUUUUCAACAGAUAGCAAGUUCAUUGUUGCUGCUGAGAAGAAUCAGCUAAAGUUCUGGAGAGUUCGGUGGUCACCAGUGUCUCGUAUGGCUACUAGAUCUGUGUCACUAACCUUGCUGAGGAAAGUUGAUCUUGGUCCCAAGGAAUUGUCAUUUGUAGCUGUUACAUCUCACAGGUGUAAGAGCAGUAGUGCCAAUUACAUUCAGGCUGCUGAGCAAAUUCCUUUCUAUGCAGUUACCAAUAAAGGGACUUUAUACAUGGUAUGUCCUGGCUUGCAGGUCAAUCAAUCAGUGGAGUUAGAGGUCGAGAAAUGUUAUGCAAUAUCGGCAUCCUCAAAUUUGGUUGCUUGUGCAUGCAAUAAUGGAGUUGUAAAACUAUUUUCCUCCCACUCUCUUGAGUAUGCUGGUGGACUAUGUUAUGUUGAAACCAAAAGAUGCAAAGAGUCCAGUUCUAUAGAUUGUGAAGCAGAAAGUGGCCAAGUUGAAUUUCAAACUUUGCCUGCAUUUCCAGAUGCCAUUGCUUGUCAAUUUUCGACUUCUGAAAAGCUUGUGGUGGUUUAUAAUGACAAUAGCCUUUACAUAUGGAAUAUUAAAGAUGUGCACAAGGCUACCAGGUGUUGUGUGCUCGUCUCACAUAGUGGAUGCAUAUGGGAUAUUAAAAAUGUUCCAUGUGAAAAUCUGCAUGAUCCAUCUCUGUAUUGUGUUGCUAAAGGCUGUUCUGGUGGACUAUCUUUUGCAACAUGUUCAGCUGAUGGUAUCAUUCGGUUGUGGGAUUUUACGGUUCAGUCUGCCUCAUCAGACAGUAGUUUGUUUCAUCCUGGGAGUGAUAGCUCUGGUAGAGCCAUGUGUUUAGUAAGCGCUGGCAUCUUUGAACGCGACUCUGUUGCUAAAGAUAUUUCCCCUCACGGGUUUAGAGCAAUGGCAGUUAGUUCAGAUGGACAGCACCUGGCAGCAGGUGAUUGCCAGGGAAACAUCCAUAUCUUUAAUUUACACACUUCUGAAUAUAUGUUCAUUCAGAAUGCUCAUAGCCUAGAAGUUCUUUCCUUGAGUUUCAACUUGGCAGGCAAGGAUGAUUUUCCUUCUAGUGAAGCUUUAGAAAAUCGCCUCUUUCUUACCUCAGCAGGACGGGAUGGACUAAUCAAUCUUUUUGAUGUUUCCAGGAACUUUACUCUCCAAGAAAGUUUUGAUUACCACUCACCUGGCAUUACUGUAGUAAAGGUUGGCCGAAGUGGUCGUGAGAUUCUCAGUUGCGGUGCUGAUAGGUCCCUGGUUCUUCAUAGUCUGGAUGUCAGUGAUGCAGGAUGUAAGAUUUCUUGCCUUCAUAGAAUUGCAGCUAAUGGGAUCAUUUACGAUGUGGCUGUUGAUCAUCCAAUGAAUGUAGCAGUUACAGUUGGCGAUGAUAAGAAGAUAAAUGCAUUUGAUAUUCGAUCUGGAAAGCUAAUUAGAUGGUUUCAGCACGAUGGAGACGUUGGUGACCCAAUAAAGGUUGCUGUCGAUGGAAGCGGCAGUUAUCUAGCCUGCGCUUACUCUAAUAGAUGCAUCUACAUCUAUGACUAUGCAACUGGGGAGAUGGCUGCACAAGCCACAGGGCACAGUGGUCUUGUUACAGGACUCAUCUUUUUAUCUGACUGCUCGCAUCUUGUCUCUGUUGGUUCUGAUGGUUGUAUCUUUGUCUGGAAGCUCCCUGCUCUUCUUUCUUCAAAAAUGUUGCAGAGAUAUAAUAGAAUCUCUAGUGAGUUUCCACAGGAAAGCAUAAAUAUUCCUGUGGCUUUCAAUCAGAUAAAAUCCAAUCAAUUUGACCUCCUGCAAAAAGACUGCAGCAAAGAAGAACCUGCAAAUAGAAAUGUUAGACACUGGUCCCGUGACACAUUAUACCAAGACGGAAACAGUCUGGAGAAAACAGGAUUUAGGUUCAGUGUAUCACGACUUCCAAAAUGGGCACGGCAUCAAUUUACUGACAAUUCAGUACCUGUGGAGAACUCUAAUUCAUCCAAGGUUGAUUCACAACAAGAUUUUGCAUGUCAUCAAUCUCAAAGUCUGUCUAAAGAUAAUGAAGAAGUUGGCCAGCAUUAUUCUAGCACCUUAUCCAGACAUUUCUCAGAGACAGAAAGCAGUCCAUCUCCAAGUCCUUUAGAAAGUUACAACAGGGCAUCAAACACUCGAUGGUUAACAAUACAUACUGUUUGCAUGGAUUUUCUUGAUACCCCUGCAACCUGUGACAUGAAGGGCCUAAAUAUUCAGCGAUCAACGACAGACAGCAUAUGCAUGGAGACUACUAACAAGCGCAUCAAGCUUUCUUCUCCGAGCACCAGCAUAGAAAAUCCUCCUGCAGAACCCAAUUCUGGGAGUAGCGAGCAAGCUAAUUUACACGAUGCACCUUUGGACAAGUGCAAGAACGGUUGUGCAGAUGACUUCUGGACUGACAGUUCAAGCUUUUCUACUGCCACAGACGAAGAACAAAAUAUCUACAAAAUGAAUUUUGAGAAUUUCUCUGCAGAACAGAAGAAAAAAAGGGGAUCAUCAAUGAGCAGGAGUAACUGCCCUCCCGGAUUUUUCAUACGAAAAGAACAUGUUGAAGGAAGAAAGAGCUCUUUAUGCAUGCAUGCUCAAGAUUCCGUUAGUGGAUCCCCAAAGACUGACUCCUCUUUUUUGCCAAACAUAUGUUCCCAUAAGGAUGCAGGAAAUGCACCAGCCGGUUGCAGUGACAUCCCUGAUGUUGGCAACGAGGGUGACUCGUCGUUGAACUUGAAAAUAUGGAAGAGUGGAGGCAAGGAAGCACUUGAUGUCGAUAAAGCAGGAGAAUCGGAAAUCAUGAGGUCGUGUGAAGAAGCAUUGCAUAAUCUGGAAGCUGCAGCUGAGAAAGCACUGCAGGCAUUUUGCAAACUAACAACUGUAAAUAUUGGAGAAGAGGAAUCAAAGAGGUUUCAACGGCUUCAUAUAAUAGAGAGAAAGGUUGAGGCUCUAGCGAAACUACUGUACCCGUCCCAUUGCGAAAAAUGAAGGGAAUAUUUCGACGAGCUAGUUUCUUUAGGACUUUAAUAUAACGAUCGAUUUCUAGGUCUAAAUGAUUUAACUUCUAUGUAUAGUAAUGUUUAAUAUA